AUCGAAGGAAAAUGGAAGUUGACUGGUCCCCAAGGUUUAGCUUUCUCGCUUGAUUCACACUGAAGGGUCUUCAACACCUCUCCACGUGGUUGCUUUCAUCAAACCACACAUCGUUACAGACACGCACACUACACACGGUCACACAGCACGGAGAUUCUGAAAACGAUACGAGAGGGGCCAGCAAAGGAAAUGAAUCAUAGACCGUGAGAUCUGACUUUGGAAUCUGAGAAAGUUUCCGCCAGACACUCCAUUUCACAGUUCGCGAGCGAGCAGCAGAAACUCCUUCCAGCUGAAUGUCCUUGCGCAGGCAAAUGUGUGAAAAUGUGUGAAAAGCCAGAGGAUGUGUGGGAACUGCGACCCGUAGCAUUCCAUGAUGGUGUCUUGUGGCUGGAAGCUCAAGAGACCUCAGACCUGGUUCCAGAUUGUGUGGAGAAGAACAAGGAGCAAGCGCUAAUUCUCCAGAACUCCGAGCUCCAGGUGCUGACAGUGUGGCAAGAGACGGCGGACGAAAUCGAGGGGGAGUUCCGAUACUUAAACAGGAGGCAAAUAAAUGCAGGUGAGGCAACAUUCCGGCUGGUGUCCUACAAGGAAGCAGAGUGCAGCCAGAACUGUGGAGUCACUUACGCCGAUUUUCCGGUCAGCUUCGUGGUCGAUGUUGACUCGAAAACCUACAUGGUGUCGUGCAGCAAGUCGAACAUCAUUGAGUUCAAGGAAGCCAGCGUUCCCCAGAGGAUAGACGGCAGUCAGAAGCACGUGGUGUUUUACCGGAGGACAGUCGGGAGCAAGUACAUGCGUUACGAGUCGGUGCUGAGGCCGGGCUGGUUCCUGUGCACUGAAAAGGAUGGAGAGCUCCACAGGCUCGCACUCAAACAUGUGUCGUUGGACACACAUGAAACCGUCAUGUUUUUGAACAUCUCCAAGUGAAGAAAUGACUGUUCUCCAAACCUCCACCCAAACCCUCGUCACCCAACAAUUGUCUGGCCGCGAUUGUGAUAUAAUAAUCAUAAUAAUAAUC